GGGAGGAGUUUUAUGAAGCCUCACCCUACGAGCCGGUGACCUCCCGCCUCUCGGACAUCUUCAGGCUUGCUUCAAUCUUCUCAGGGACAGGGGCGGAGCCGGUGGUCAGCGCCAAGAGCAACCACUGCCUGGAUGCUGCCAAGGCCUGCAACCUGAACGACAACUGCAAGAAGCUGCGCUCCUCUUACAUCUCCAUCUGCAACCGCGAGAUCUCGCCCACCGAGCGCUGCAACCGCCGCAAGUGCCACAAGGCUCUGCGCCAGUUCUUCGACCGCGUGCCCAGCGAGUACACCUACCGCAUGCUCUUCUGCUCUUGCCAAGACCAGGCGUGUGCUGAGCGCCGCCGGCAGACCAUCCUGCCCAGCUGCUCCUAUGAGGACAAGGAGAAGCCCAACUGCCUGGACCUUCGCAGUGUGUGCCGGACGGACCACCUGUGCCGGUCCCGGCUGGCAGACUUCCAUGCCAAUUGUCGAGCUUCCUACCAGACGCUUACCAGCUGCCCUGCGGACAAUUACCAGGCGUGCCUGGGCUCCUAUGCCGGCAUGAUUGGGUUUGAUAUGACACCCAACUACGUGGACUCCAGCCCCACUGGCAUUGUGGUGUCCCCCUGGUGUAGCUGUCGUGGCAGUGGGAACAUGGAGGAAGAGUGUGAGAAGUUCCUCAGGGACUUCACUGAGAACCCGUGCCUCCGGAAUGCCAUCCAGGCCUUUGGCAAUGGCACAGAUGUGAAUGUGUCCCCUAAAGGCCCCUCAUUCCAGGCCACCCAGGCCCCACGGGUGGAGAAGAAUCCUUCUUUGCCAGAUGACCUCAGUGAUAGCACCAGUCUGGGGACCAGUGUCAUGGCCACCUGCACGUCUGUCCAGGAGCAGGGGCUGAAGGCCAACAACUCCAAAGAGUUAAGCAUGUGCUUCACAGAGCUCACAACAAAUAUCAUCCCAGGGAGUAACAAGGUGAUCAAACCUAACUCAGGCCCCAGCAGAGCCAGACCCUCGGCUGCCUUGACUGCUCUCUCCCUGCUGAUGCUGAAACUGGCUUCGUAGGCGCUGGGAACCGCGUCGGAAGAUUUCUGAAAGCGCCGUAGACGAGGACACCCGCCUGACGAAAUGGAAACACAGACACCCACACACCCCUUGCAAAAAAAAGUUUUCUUUCCCGCCUUGUCUCUGAACCUGUCUGCUCCCAGGUUUCUUCUCUGGAGAAGUUUUUCUAAACCAAACAGACAAGUAGGCGAACAGCCUGAGAGCUGGCCCCGAGGUCCCCUGGUGAGGGAAGCCCAGUGCUGAGGAGGGUGCGAGGUUCUAGAAAUGCUCUUCACCUUCUCCUGGUGUUUUCUGCUCUGUACCCUUCCAAAGCAAGAGACCAAGACAAGGCCCCUGCAGCUGAAGGGACUGUGACUGUGGCCGAUGUAGGCUGAGGGCGGGACACCUGCAGCUGCGUUCUCAGGCUGCCCACCUGGGGACCUGCCAGGGGUGGGCUGUGGGAGUCUGGCUGACCACCUUCAGCCCCUCCUCUUGGCUUCAAGGAUGGAGAUUGUUUCGCCUUCUCCCCUCUCCCCCUACCUACCCUCAGGUGGGCCAGGUGGGUCUGCAUCUGGUGUGGGGACCCCCACCGAUGCUGGUGGAGGGGUGGUGCUGCACCGGCUCCCCCGACUGUAGCAGGGGCCAGCUCUGGGAGGUCUGGGGAGCUCAGCCCUUGGGGAGAUCCCCUUGUGGGGAGGAGGUGAAACUUGGGCACCAGCUCUGGGGCGCUUCUUCCUCCUUGACGGCAGGAAUUUUGAAGUCAAAGAGAAAUGACACGUUGUUGGCUUUUUUGGUUUCUUGUGGUCCAUAUGGCGGGUCUCCCUCUGAGGAGAGGGGCUGCUGAGAGGGGCAGAAGAGACCGCAGUUGGACGUGUGUCUGCACACUCUCUGGUCUCCCAAGGCCUCUCCUCUUCUCCCUGUUUCCGUGUUGACUUUCCUCAUUUCUAAGACGUAUGACAACUGUAUGUACAUACCGAGGCUCCUUUCUCAAUAUAUAUGUAUAUACACAUCCAUAUACAUAUAUCGUGUGGUUUCCCCUUUGUUUCCUUUUUUUAAGAAACAAAAUUGUUGAAAAAAUACCCCAACAGAUGAGCAAAAUUGUAUUAUUGUAAAGUUUAUUUUUUUUAAUAAUGUUGUCUAUAAUGGGGAAAAAGAAACCAACCCCUGUGCCCUGCUGCUGUCACACUGACCGGGCUGUGGUGGGGGCUUCUGAUCCACAUUCAUGCUUAACCAAGGCUCCAAUAAACGCACUAGGAAGCAAGCUGCCUCUGCCUCA